GGCCCCUCCUUCGGUCCUGGGCGGAGGUCUGAAGCUCUGAGAGGAGAGAAAGGAAAAAAAAGUUUGUGUAGAAGAAGCUGUGGAAGUUUUCAGAGUCAGUGGAUCAUCAUGUCCGGCGUGGCCUCCACCCUGGCUAAGAAGCGCGCCCUGGCCGCGGGCUUCGGCACCAACGCCAACGCGGUGCGCUACCUGAACCAGGACUUCACGUCCCUGCGCGCGGAGUGCCGCUCCUCCGGGCGCCUCUUCUGCGACCCGACCUUCCCCGCCGCGCCCGAGGCGCUCGGCUUCAAGGAGCUGGGCCGCAGUUCCUACAAGACCCGGGGGGUCACCUGGAAGAGGCCCACGGAACUUGUCUCCAACCCGGAGUUCAUCUUGGGAGGAGCCACCAGGACAGACAUCUGCCAGGGAGCUCUGGGUGACUGCUGGCUGUUGGCAGCCAUUGCCUCUCUGACUCUGAAUGAAUAUGUUAUGGCCCGCGUUGUGCCCCAGGACCAGGGCUUUGGUGACGACUAUGCCGGCAUUUUUCACUUCCAGUUCUGGCAGUUCGGUGAGUGGGUGGACGUGGUGAUCGACGACCAGCUGCCGGUUAAAGACGGAGAGCUGAUGUUUGUCCACUCGGCCGAGGGGAGGGAGUUCUGGAGCGCCCUGCUGGAAAAGGCCUACGCCAAGGUGAACGGCUGCUAUGAGGCUCUGUCCGGCGGCUCCACCACAGAGGGCUUCGAGGAUUUCACCGGCGGCAUCGCGGAGAACUAUGACCUGCAGCGACCGCCGCGCAAUAUGUUUCAGAUCAUCAACAAGGCGCUGGAGGCCGGAGCCCUGCUGGGCUGCUCCAUCGAUAUCACGAGCGCCGCCGAUUCAGAGGCUGUGACGCGCCAGAAGCUGGUGAAAGGCCACGCCUACUCCCUGACGGGCGCAGUGGAGGUGAACUACCGUGGCCGUAUGGAGAAGCUGGUGAGGAUGAGGAACCCCUGGGGUCAGGUGGAGUGGACCGGAGCCUGGAGCGAUGGAUCAUCUGAAUGGAACUAUGUGCAGGGAGACUGUCCGCACGCCAAUGCAGAGGACGGGGAGUUCUGGAUGUCUUUCCCAGAUUUCCUCCGUCACUACUCCCGAAUCGAGGUGUGCACUCUGACCCCGGACACCAUAGAAGACGACUCGGUCAAGCACUGGAGCGUGAGCAAGUUCGACGGCACCUGGAGGAGAGGAUCUACUGCCGGAGGCUGCCGGAACCACCCCUACACCUUCUGGAUGAACCCUCAGUUUGUAAUUAAGCUGGAGGAGGAAGACGAUGACCCUGAUGAUGGAGAGAACGGCUGCAGCUUCGUGGUUGGCCUGAUCCAGAAGAACCGACGUAGGCUGCGCAAACAAGGGGAGGACAUGCACACCGUCGGCUUCGCCAUCUACGAGCUUCCUCAACAGUUCCAAGGGCAGCGUGAAGUGCACCUAGACAAGAACUUCUUCCUGACCCACGCUCAGACGGCAAGGUCCGAAACGUUCAUCAACCUGCGUGAGGUCAGCUCCCGCUUCAAGCUGCCGCCGGGCGAGUACCUGAUCGUCCCCUCCACCUUUGAGCCACACCUCAACGGGGACUUCUGCAUCCGGGUGUUCUCCGAGAAACAGACGGAGACCAUACCGUGUGACGACCCAGUCAACGCUGAGCUGGAUGAUGAGACGGUGCCGGAGUCGGAGGUGGACGCAGGAUUCAGAAACCUCUUCUCCAAACUCGCCGGAGACGACAUGGAGAUUUCGGCGGCGGAGCUGCGAACCAUCAUGAACAAGAUUGUUGGCAAACGAACCGAUAUCAAGACGGAUGGUUUCAGCAUGGAGACAUGCAGAGUGAUGGUCAACCUCAUGGACGAAAGCGGCAACGGAAAGCUCGGCCUCACCGAGUUCGCCACGUUGUGGAAAAAGGUUCAGCGCUACCUGUCCAUCUACAAGAAGAACGACGCUGAUAAUUCCGGAACGAUGAGCACGCCUGAGAUGAGAGUGGCCUUCAAAGAUGCUGGUUUCACCCUCAACAACACCAUUUACCAGCUGCUGGUUGCUCGAUACUCCGACCCUGACAUGACCAUCGACUUCGACAACUUUGUGUGCUGCCUGAUGAGGCUGGAGAUGAUGUUCAGACUCUUCAAGAAGUGCGACCCUCAAGACAGCGGCACCAUCCAGCUGGACUUCGCUCAGUGGUUGAACUUUUCCAUGAUCUGAGCCGGAGCCCCGCCACAGCCUGGUCAUCACAUGUUAACACAGCUUCAAGGUCCCUGUGACGUCUGUUUUCACUGCCCACAAUCUUACUGCCAACAAAUGUCAAUAAAUGUCUCUGAAC